CUAGUUCAGAUUGUCGCGCCGCCAAACGGGAGGACGGAGGAGUACUUUGUGUCUCAGCGUUUCCAGAGGGGUGGGGGGUGAUUUUUUUUUUUUUUUGUCGUUGUUGUUGCCUCGAAUUAAACCUCGCAAAUGGAUGGACAUGGAAUGAAGACUGCAGGUUAACUCCUGUCGCUGAGAAAUGCACCGUGAGGGGCGUCUACCGUGCAUUUUCCAGUGUGUUUUUCCUAACAGGUAGCGAGCGUCGGCGGCGGCCAGUCAGUGUGCCGCUGAACGGAGACUGAAUAUCCCGCUUUGUAAUCUCCUGACAGCCCUUUUUCUUUUUUAACCCAUCCUUGGAUUGACGGAGGGAUCCGGGAAGAGCUCUACUCUCAUCACGGUCAUGGACGGCGUGUUUUCCCCCCGCUUCUAUUCCCGGUUUGUUACAGAUUUGCAGUCGCCGAUCGACAUGAAGAAAGUGGACGGUGUGGAUUAGGAUCUUUUUCUGUUUGCCUUUGCUUCUUGGGGGGCGGGGGGGCUUCGUCCUCCUCAGGUCAAUGUGGGCAAUAAAGGACCUCUCCCCGCUCUGUGGCCCCGCAAUGAAAUGAUGGCAGCCCGCUGGAGCGAUCGCCCGCAGGAUAACGAAGAGCGGAAACACGCGGCCGUGACUCCCGCCUGUCAGGCGAAGCAGAAGGAUGGGCGGGAUCAGAGCGAGACGUCGGCCUCCGUUACGCCCAGGGCCGAGGAGGAGCCGUUCUGCUGGCCGGGGCCGAAGACGCUGCGCCUGCGGCGGACGUCGCAGGGCUUCGGCUUCACGCUGCGACACUUCAUCGUCUACCCACCGGAGUCUGCUGUCCACAACUCUCUGAAGGAUGACGAGAACGGCAGCCGAGGGAGGCAGAGGAACCGUCUGGAGCCAAUGGACACCAUUUUUGUCAAGCAGGUGAAGGAGGGAGGCCCCGCCCAUGGAGCUGGACUCUGCACAGGGGACCGGCUUGUGAAAGUGAACGGAGAAAGCAUCAUUGGGAAGACUUACUCCCAAGUCAUAGCUUUGAUCCAGAACAGCGAUGCCUCGUUGGAACUCUGUGUGAUGCCAAAAGAUGAGGACAUUUUACAGCUGUUUUCCAGGGAUAUCACUGCUCUGGCGUAUUCCCAGGAUGCAUACCUCAAAGGAAAUGAGGCUUACAGCGGAAAUGCCCAGAACAUCCCGCAGCCCCCUCCCAUAUGCUACCCUCGGAUAGAGCUGAAGGCCGCGGCCAUGGCCCAGCCGGCGGACCAGGGGCCGCUGAGGCGAGGGCCCCCCACCGAGAACAGCCGUCGGGUGGAGGUCCUGACGCCUUCGUCUCCUCCUGAUCCUUCACCCCAGCAGGCGGCGAAGCCUCAGGCGGCGGGGGCCGUCGGUAACGAGAGCAUCAGGACCCCGGCCGUGCCGUCUAACCCGGGGGACAGGGCGUCCCGGCUGACCCGGGCCGGACCCAGCCACAGGACAGAGGAGAACCGGUUCGGUUCCCCAGCAGACAGACCCAGGCUUCCCCUCAUCUCCUGCUUCCCAGGAGGAGCGCAGUUACAGCACGCUUCUCCGUCGUCAACUUCCCGAGCCCCGCUCGCCACAACGUCGACGGACACUUUCUCCACGACCGCCUCGCCCACCGCCAACCACUGCUCGCCUUCGCCGCCGGCACCGACGCCCUCGCCCCACCUGAACAUCGACUGGAGGAACUACACCACCUACAAGGACUACAUCGACGCCAAGCGGCUGCACACGUACGGCUCCCGCACCAUCCAGGAGCGCCUGGACAGCCUGCGAGCGGCGGCCAGCUCCUCCUCCGCCUACGCCCAGCCGCUGCCCGGCGGCAGCCAGCGAGGGGCGUCGGGCUCUCAGGUCAGACGGCGGAGCGCUUCCAACGACCGCGGGGCGGGCCCUGCCGCCGCCGCCGCCGCCGCUCCGCUCCGCAGCGCCUCCCAGGAGCGACUCGGGGCCUCGCCGGAGAGGACGUCCCAGAAGUGGCCAAGGAGCGCCUCCCAGGACGCGCUGCCGCUCUCCGGCGCCGUCAGGGUCCUCAAGCCCAGAGCGAGGUCCUGGGACCACAUAGGCCAGCAGCUCGGAGAGCGGAGGGCGGUCGAGGCGGAGGAGACCGCGCCUCCUCUCAACCGGAGCCUGACGGGCCCAGAGGAGCAGGAGGAGCGCUUAACGAGCUCGCCUCCAUCCGCCCCUGACGUCACUAAAGGUACGACAGAUCCUGCACUAACGGCGAGAACGGACGGGCUCAUAAUGAGACCGUCGCGUCUGCCUGUGAAAAACUACCUCUCUGACUUUUCUCCGGCGGCGUCGCCCAUCAAAACCACCGAGCCUCUCAGAGACCAAAGAGCCAGCGCCCUGGGGAACCACCUCAGCUACUCCUCCCCCCUCAACCUCCAGCUCCGGGGCCGAGCCGACAGCCUGAAGACGGACACCAGGCAGGAGUCGGGGCUAGCCGCCAGGUCCUCCUCCUGCUCCGGCGCUUCCUCCAGGCUGCCCACGCACAGACCGCCCAAGACCCAGGUGGUCACCAUAUCCUCCGCCGCCCAAAAGCCAAACGCCACAGACGCUCUGGAGAGGACCAACGGCGGUCCGUCGGAGGGCGUCGAAGGACCCGAAGCCACGGUGGUGGUCCUCAGGAGGGACAAGCCCCACGGAGGCGCCCGCGCUCGCCCUCCGUCCUGCGUCGUUCUGCCCGUCGGCGACAGACGGAGGGAGGCGACGUACAAGUCGGCGCCGCUGGUGAAGGCCGGCUCGGCGGACGGAGCCCCCUGCUGGGCGUCCAAGGAGAGCUGCAGGGAGGUGCACCUGAGGAGGCUGGGAGACACGCGGCACAAAUCCGGCUCCAGCAACCUGGACGACUCCCUGGACUCCAUCCCCUUCAUAGAUGAACCGUCCAGCCCCAGCAUCGAGCUGGACAGCGUCCACGUUCCUGCUUCUGUGGUGAUCUCCUCUACGCCCGUCAUCAGCACCAUCCCGCCCAGCCCCACGUCCUCGUCUCCUCUCAUUCGACGCCACCUGUCGCACGACCAAGAUUCGCUUCAUCUUACGAUCAUCGGGUCAGACUCCGCUACCAAAUCUGAGCGCUCCAAGUCGUACGACGAAGGCAUCGAUAACUACCACGAGGAAAGCAUAGGGAGGUCUUUGCUUCCCGGUCUGAAAGGCUUGAGGAAGGCUGUAGACAGGUCGUCAGACGAUUCCGGGUCCCGGCGAGAUUCCUCCUCAGACGUUUUCUGUGACGCCACCAAGGAGGGUUUGCUACAUUUCAAGCAGCUCCAUAUCGAUAAGGGAAAGCGCGUCGGAGGAGGAAGUCGGCAGUGGAAGCAGAUGUACGGCGUGCUGAGAGGCCACUACCUCUGCCUGUAUAAAGACAAGAAGGAGGGCCAGGCUCACGCCAGCUGCCAGACCAUAGAGGAGCCCCUGCAGAUCAGCAUCAAGGCCUGCCUGAUCGACAUCUCCUACAGCGACACGAAGCGUAAAAACGUCCUGAGGCUGACCACGUCGGACUGCGAGUACCUGUUCCAGGCCGAGGACCGAGAAGACAUGCUGGCCUGGAUCAGAGUCAUCCAGGAGAGCAGCAAUCUGGAUGAGGAGAACGCAGCCUUCACCAGCCAUGACCUCAUCAGCCGCAGGAUCAAGGAGUACAACACCUUGAUGAGCCCGACAGGCAGCAAGACGGAGCCGUCGCCCAGAGCCUCACGCCAGUCGCUCAGCAUCAGACAGACGCUGCUGGGAGGCAAAGGUGAGGCCAAAGCAACGAGUCCGCACUCCCCCAAACCGGAGCAGGAGAGGAAGAACGCGCACAAAGAUGACACCAGCCCUCCCAAAGACAAAGGGACAUGGAGAAAAGGCAUCCCUGGGCUCAUGAGGAAAACCUUUGAGAAGAAGCCGUCUCCUGGGGUCACAUUUGGAGUCAGACUGGACGACUGUCCUCCUGCACAGCACAACAAGUUUGUGCCGCUGAUCGUGGAGGUCUGCUGCAAGCUGGUGGAGGAGCGGGGCCUGGAGUACACGGGCAUCUACAGAGUCCCCGGAAACAACGCCGCCAUCUCCAACAUGCAGGAGGAGCUCAACAACAAGGGCAUGGGUGACAUCGAUAUCCAGGACGACAAAUGGAGGGACCUCAACGUGAUCAGCAGCUUGCUCAAGUCCUUCUUUCGAAAGCUUCCCGAGCCUCUGUUCACCAACGACAGGUACGCCGAUUUCAUCGAAGCCAACAGGAUAGAGGAUCCGGUGGAGAGGCUCAAGGUGCUCAAGAGACUGCUUCACGAGCUACCGGAUCAUCACUACGAGACCCUGAAGUUCCUCUCGGCUCACCUGAAAACCGUAGCUGAGAACGCGGAGAAAAACAAGAUGGAGCCGAGGAACCUGGCCAUCGUGUUCGGCCCCACGCUGGUGCGCACCACCGACGACAACAUGACCCACAUGGUGACGCACAUGCCCGACCAGUACAAGAUCGUGGAGACGCUGAUUCAGAACUACGACUGGUUUUUCACCGACGAUGGAAACGGCGACCCAGUGACCGUGUCCCACGAGGAGAGCGCCGUCGAGUCUCAGCCCGUCCCCAACAUCGACCACCUGCUCACCAACAUCGGUCGCACCAACACCUCGCAGGGCGACGUAUCAGAUUCACCAACUAGUGACUCGGCUAAAUCAAAGGGUUCCUGGGGUUCUGGGAAGGACCAGUGCAGCAGAGAGCUCCUGGUCUCCUCCAUCUUUGCUGCCGCCAGCCGCAAAAGAGUGAGGCCAAGGGAGAAGCCGCAGCCUAGCAGCUCAGACGACGACCUCGAAGCCGUGUUCCCCAGAAAGGAAGUCCCCGGCCAGAAGUCGCUGCAGACCAAGGCGGCGAGCGACAUCCGCCACAGCCCCAGCAACAAACCGAGGGCCGAGGAGAGGACGGAGAAGGGGAGAUCCCUGGAGCUGGCAUCCAAAGCUAAGAGGGAGCACAGAAACUCGUUAUUCCUCAAAGAAAAGACUCCCCCACGUCGUCCCUCGCCGUCUCCAGUUGUCAGCCACCGCGCGGCCGCUCAGAGGAAGGUUUCCCUGUCGGACGCCCCGUCCCAGGUGGAUGAAAACACCUCCGACCUGGGGACCAUGAGCUCCGGGGCGUCCAUCCCACGAUCCAGGCCCAAGAAGUGGACCGGGGGGGCGUCGCUGGAGCUGCCCGCCGGCGCGGGGCAAGGAGCGGGCGCCGAGGUGAGCUCCAUCACCUCCGACUACUCCACCACCUCCUCCAUCACCUUCCUCACCGGCGGCGAGUCGAGCGUGCUGCAGGGCGGCGAGGAGGCCGACGACGAGCGCAGCGAGCUCAUCAGCGAGGGCCGACCCACGGAGACGGACAGCGAGGGCGAGUUCCCCGUGUUCGCCCCUGGAGGCGGCAGCAGCCAGUCCACGCCUCGCCCCAGGCAGAGUCAGGAGGAGACCGAGGCGAAGGCGGCGGGCGCCCAGAAGCAGGAGGCGCGGCGCCUCUUCCCCACGUACAGGAUGAUCGAGUGCGACACGCUGUCCAGGCGGUGGUCCCUGAGGCAGAAGACGGACAGCGACUCGUCAGCGGAGGGCGCCGCGGGCAGCGAGGGGCGAGCGGAGUCCUCCAGCCGCUUGUCCCGAGUCCUGGAGGUGAUGAAGAAGGGCCGGUCGUCGAGCAGCGUCAGCUCCUCGGAGCGCCCCGAGCCGGCCUGGCACCUGAAGAUCACCGAGCGGCUGAGGUUCCGCAUACGAUCGUCCGCCGACGACAUUUUCACCGCCAGGAGCCAGGCCCCCGACGCCCGGGGCAGGAAGAAGAACAUCCGGCGGCGGCACACCAUGGGCGGGCAGAGGGACUUCGCAGAGCUGGCGGUCAUUAACGACUGGAGGGAGCAGGGCGGCGUGGACGGGGCCGCCGAUCUGUCGGCUCUGGACCGCCUCAAGCCCAGGUGCUCCUCCCAGGACCUCUCCAUCGGGGACUGGAUCACACGCGAGCGCCUCAGGGGCUCCGAGCCGAGCCAGGCGGUGGCCCCCAGGGCGGAGCCGGAGGACGAUCGCCUCAAAGGUCCGGACGCCACGCCGGAGCAGGUGAACGGCGGCGGGAAGCCCGAUAAAACCCCGCCGGGGCCGGACGGCCACCCGCACAAAGUGCCCGGAGCGCACGUGACCCGCUGCUCCCGGUUCUACCAGUACCUGUAGGCGGAGCAGAGUAAAGUGUGAAUGUGUGUAUUUUAGCACAAUAUUUUUUUAUACUAAAGUAUACUUUCUGUAUCUACUGUACAUACUGUGUAUAAGCUCUGACGAUUGUUACUUAAACCAACGUUAAAAGACGUCCUCUGCUAUAAUACUGGAACGGACCGGAAGACGAAAAGGUUGCGGCGGGAGGACUGAAUGUGUCGCUCCGGACGAUAGCGUCUGCGUUUGUACGUCGGAGCGCCGACGGCUGCUUUCUGAGCUGCGUCCUGCGGGGAGUUUUAUUUCCACAGCGCAGCCGGAAGAACUGGAGGUCGGAUAGAGUUUUAUCCCUAAAAAAAAAAAAAAAAAAAAAAAAACGACGGUAAUGAUGAAAUGCUAGUAUGUAACGCUUCGGUACAUUAGUGUUUUUUUUUUUUUUGUGUGUGUCCCCGGGGAAAAAAUGAAAAGUCUGUUUUUACAUGCGCACGUUGUUUCUAUCUGCGCAAAGAAAAAGUGCCUCUUUUGUUUUCUUCUUUAAAGAAAGCAGAUUUUAUAAAUCGGUCGUCACUCGCGGGAGGAUUGUUUGAAACGAUGACAUCCAGUUUUCAGUGAAACCUUCAACUCCAGCAUUUGUUUCGUUACCACCCCCGCCCCCAGCUGUGCUUCUAAAGCGCAGAAGAAGGCUCCAGCGCCUUUAACGUGGGGGGAAGAAGAAGAAGAAGAAGCUGAAUGAUACGAAUGUUUGCUGCAGCAGAGCAUGGGCUCAGUGCCGCCUCGUCCCAACAAACACUGGAAAUAAAUAAAAAUCUAAUGUACAGUU